ACGGAGGGUGUGACUGGGCAAAACAUUUUGCCCGAGAAUGAUCCCUACUUAACCCAUUCGUGUUUGAGUGCGUCUUUGCCCAGCUACCUUUCACCAAAGACACAAAGAGAAUAACACAUGGAAAACUACCGUAGAACAAAGAAAGAUGUGAACGCUGAUCAAGAAGAAAAGCCUCCAGCUGAUAACGAAGUCAGAAUAAAACAUAGUAAAAUACCAGUCUAUGUAGAUGUUUGCCUCAAGUUAUUACAGGAGGAAAAGAAGAAACAUAUUGUUGUCGUAGGAAAGGGACAAUUUGUGAAUAAAGCAGUGACAGUCAUUGAAUUGGUAAAACGAAAGAUGCAAGGCACGUUACAUCAGUAUACUCAGAUUGGAAGUGUAUCAGUGACAGAGCAAUGGGAUCCUACCGAAGAUGUUGAAUUGGACAGUGUACAAGUGCGAAAGAAAUUACCAGUCAUUAUUAUUUAUUUAUCUUUGGACGAGAUUCCUGGCCUAGAGACGACCUCUGGGCAUCAACUACCUACAGGACCUGAUGUUUAUGAUUAGAUUUUGAAUUGCAUCCCAAAACUUAGCACUACCCUUCAUCUAAAACAAACAAUUGUAUUUUAGUUCCUUCCAUCCUUAAUUCAUGUAUAUAGAACUCACCAUUAUCAUUUAUUUAACUCAUCACUCUAUUGAAACAAAAUAUAAAUUUAAAACUGGUGCGGAGUACACCAGCUCCUUUUCUUUCUGCAGCAAUGACUGACUCUUCUUGAGCGUUACUACGGUUGUCAUUGUGUGAAGGACAUUGUGUUGGUGUUGCUUUGUUAAUGAGUUGUUCGUUCCUCAGUUGAAUGUGCGUGACUUGGUCACUUUUCCUACCCGCGCGGGAAACCGUAUGGUAUCUGCUCAAGUUACAAAUCAAUGCAGCUUGGUUUCAGUAGUUGUCAAGCCCCGCGUUUCGUUGG